CUACAGAGGGACGUGGUUGCCGGUCGGUGUUGGUGGAGGACGGUGAGAGAAGCCGCGUGAGUGGCGGCGCGAGCCGGGCACCGCUGACGGUUACUGUUUAAAAGGUGGAUGGCGCUGACGUGCUCGAGAGAAGGCUGUGACUUCUGCUAGAAUAAAAAAAGAAAGACAAUGUUGUCUUACAAACCAACCGUUAUUCAGACCUAUCCAAAACUUGGCAACAAGGUCACACAGGACACAUUAUACUGGAAAAAUUAUAAGAGCCCUGUUCAAAUAAAAGAGUUUGGUGCUGUGACGAACAUAAAUUUUUCUCCAAUUGCUCCCUACAAUUAUGCAGUAACUGCUUCUACAAGGAUCAACAUAUAUGGUCGAUAUUCUCAAGAACCCUUAAAAACGUUUUCCCGAUUUAAAGACACAGCAUAUUGCGGUACAUACAGAAGUGAUGGAAGGCUGCUUGCUGCAGGCAGUGAGGAUGGUAUUGUUCGCCUCUUUGAUGUUGCUGGCCGAGCAGCCCUUAGACAAUACAGUGGCCACACUAAAGCAGUUCAAGUCACUGCAUUCACCUCUGACAAAUAUCAUUUGAUGUCUGGAUCAGAUGAUUAUUCAGUCCGGCUUUGGGACAUUCCAAGCACAACAGAACUUCACUGCUUUAAAGAACAUACUGAUUAUAUACGAUGUGGUUGUACCAGCAAUUUGAAUGCAGAUCUCUUUGUUACAGGUUCGUAUGAUCACACGGUGAAGGUGUUUGAUGCCCGAAUGGAUAAAAGUGUAAUAACUAUGGAACAUGGACAGCCAGUAGAGAGUGUGUUGCUUUUUCCAUCAGGUGGACUUCUUAUAUCAGCAGGUGGGCGGUAUGUUAAAGUCUGGGAUAUGCUGAAAGGAGGACAGCUGCUGGUUUCAUUACGAAACCACCACAAGACCGUCACCUGCUUAUGUCUAAGUAGCUCAGGACAGAGGCUCCUCUCAGGCUCUCUUGAUAGGCAUGUGAAAAUCUACAGUACAUCAACAUACAAAGUAGUCCACAGUCUGGAUUAUGCGGCAGCCAUUCUGAGCUUGGCUUUAGCUCCUGAAAAUGAAGCCAUUGUUGUUGGAAUGACUAACAGUGUCUUGAAUAUACGUCAUCGAAAGCACAAUGAAAAUAAGCAAGAAAAAAAGAAAAAGGGACCGUCUUACAGAUUUUUCAUAAAAGGAAAAGAUUACAUGCCAAAAAAGGGUGAUCUUUUGGUCAGUAAGCCAGUGAAAUUUCACCUGAAGAAGUACGACAAGCUAUUGAAAGGUUUCCAAGUUUCUCUUGCACUUGAUGCUGUUUUGGAGACAAAUAUCAGGGUAAAGACGCCAGAGAUUACCACAGGGGUAAUGCAAGAACUUAACCGCCGAGGAGUACUUCAAAAUGCACUUGCAGGAAGAGAUGAAAAACAGCUCAGCGUUCUCCUUAGCUUCCUUAUCAGGAACGUUGUUGAUCCAAGGUUUACAUCUGUUCUAGUAAAUGUUGCAGAGAUUAUUGUUGAUAUUUAUAGUUCUGUGAUUGGUGAGUCACCACUGGUUGAUAACCAGUUCCUGAAGCUGCAAGACCUCAUAGAGAAAGAGAUUGAUUAUCAGGAAGAACUGCUUGAAGUCCUCGGAAUGAUGGACACAAUAUUUGCAACAAUGACAACUAAAAAGAAUGCUGUUAUUUGCGGAAAUCAAAACUAUGCCUUAAUUGCUGGACCUGAGGAAGAACCAAUGGUAAUUGCCUGAAAUCAAAGCUCUUCACUAACAUCAUAAACUGGAUUAGGCACAUUUGCACAUAAAUCUGUAUAAUCCCCAGGCAAGUGAAGGUAAAGUUUGCAAAUGUGAAUGGAAUAUUUACCUACGCAUUUGCUAUUCUGUUAUAACCAGAAACAAAUUUGGGGUGAUAUAGUGUGUGUGGCUAGAUACAUAAACUUCUUAUUAGCUGAAUUUCUUUAGGGGAAUUAAUACUGUGAUAUUGUACAUGUUGAGGAAGUAAAGAUUUUUUCUCAUUUCUGCCAUCAAAACCUCGCCACUCUUAUUAAUGGACAUACAAAGAAAGAAAUGCAGAUUUAAAAACUAGAGAUAUUAGUAUUCUGCACAAAUCUUUUAAUUCAGAGACUUGAAUUUUGUAUCAAGGAAACUAAAUAUUGAUCAUGGUGGAAAAGUAAA